ACACAGUAGUUAACUCUACAUCAUUGUCAACCUUCACUAUCUGCGGCGCACCACCUUCUUUCGUAUUAUAUCUUAAUUUCCAGCGCCACUCUCCUUCCCUCUUUACAACGCUCAACAUGGCCGACCAUGAGAUGACAGAUCAACCUCCACCGGAGCAAGAUACAGCCAUGUCUGACGCCGACAAGAUUCGUGCCAAGCGACUUGCGAAACUUGGAGGCUCCUCCACCCCACGACCAGCAUCCACAGGACCUGAGGCUUCAGGUUCAGGUUCAGCGUCUGGCACCUCUUCGCCGAAGCCUACAGCUGCCCAGGCACCUUCGCCGCAACCUCGAACCCAAUCCCCACAGACGUCCGAUCUACGCUCGCAGACGGACGGCAAGACAGAGCCAAAGCCAGCUCCCCGUAUCAACAUCAAGCCAGCCGCUACUGCGAGCAGCGCCGCCGCACCGCCACCUGCGCCGAGGCCGCAAGACACAAGCAUAGAGGGAUGGGAAGAUCGUACAAUCAGCGGCAUCUUUAGGAUAACGCUCGAGGACAGACGCACACAUGAUGCACAUGGUAACAAGGUCUACUAUGUUUCGAGCUUAAAGCAAGAUCUGCAAGAUGAAGGGCGGCUACUUCGGUUCACUACCGAUGUGCUGGACUCAGUCGUGCUGGAAGCUGCGUCGAGCCACACACAAGGAAAUGCUUUGGAGUAUCUGCUUGGGUGUUGGAAGCGGGUUGCAAGGCAGACUAAGAGCAUCACUAAUAAGAGUGACCCGAAGUAUGAGAUCGUGAGGGAGCUUCGACGGAUAUGCUUCAACUACACCAUCUUCGCUGUCACCAUGCCCGACAUGUUCGGCGAAGAAGCACCCUUGGAGAACGUGCUGACCGACCGGUUACUACUUGGACCUGACGAUGACCGGGGCAUCUGCUUUGACUUCCUCCAAGAAGCUUGUAAUCGUGCGGAGGACGACGAUACUGCUAAAAAGGCGUUGGUGGGUGCGGUGGAGGAUCUGAGCCGGCGGUUAGCAAGGACGUCUAUGAACAGCGACUACAAGCCUUACAUGCUGGCGCUUCGUAGCCUCAUUCGCUUUCCUCCACUCGUCACUGCUUUGGUCCAGUCAGAGUCGUUCCUGCCCACCGACAUUGAGGCGCAGCACAUCGAAACUCAGACCCUACUUGGACCCUUCUUUCGAUUAUCACCCAUGCAGGGCGAUGUUGCGGUCAACUAUUUCUCAGGUGCAGCAGCAGGCGAUAAAGGCCUGAUCGCUAACGCGCAACGGGCUCUUCGCAUGACUCUAUCAACUCAUCAGGACGAACUGUUAGACAUUGCGAACACGUUCAUCAAGAAUAAGGACUCACGAGAAUCUAUGCUCAACUGGUUCGCUCUUACCGUGAACAAGAAUCACAUGCGACGAGCUCUACAGGUCGAUGCUAAGACCGUGUCGACCGAUGGGUUCAUGGUCAACGUCACUGUCGUUCUGGACCGGUUGUGCGAGCCUUUCAUGGACACUACCUUCUCCAAGAUCGACAGAAUCGACAUCGAUUACCUACGACGAUCGCCGCGUGUUGACAUCAAGGAUGAAACCAAGAUCAACGCCGACGAGAAGACCUCCGACGAGUUCUACAGCACUAGAUUGAAUGGCGCUAGCAACUUUAUCUCCGAAGUGUUCUUCUUGACCGUGGCAGCCCACCACUAUGGUACUGAGGCCGCUAACUCGAAGCUUUCGUCCUUGCAGAAGGAUGUCAAGUGGCUAAAGAAGGAGCUCGAGAAGUUCGAGACCGAACGGCACAAGUAUGCGUCGAAUCCUGUGCAAUUGAGGAUAUUCGAUGCCCAUGUCAAGAAGAUCAAGGAUCAGAUCGAACGCGGCACCUGCACCAGCUACGCCAUCGCAGGUGUACUUGGGGACGAGACUAUGCAGGCUCGAUCCAUGCAGCUCAUGCGAUAUGUCAUUGUCUGGCUGCUGCGGCUCGUCUCUGGGACUGACUUCCCCAAGCAAGACUUGCAACUACCCCUGCCGAGCGAACAGUCCCUGGCUUUCCGGUGUCUUCCCGAGUACUUCGUUGAGGACAUCGUCGGUAACUUCAAAUUCAUCACGCGAAUGAUGCCGCACAUCAUCACCUCGAUCCAGUGCGAAGAGCUUGUGAAAAUCUGCAUCGUCUUCCUCCGAAGCUCAGAGUACAUCAAGAACCCAUACCUCAAGUCUGGUCUCGUGACUAUUCUCUUCCAUGGAGUUUGGGAAAUCCCGCACCGCUCAAAGGGUGUGCUUGGUGACACACUUUUUGGAAAUAAGUUUGCCAUGAAGCACUUGCUACAUGCUCUGAUGCAAUUCUACAACGAAUGCGAGAGCACCGGUACACACACGCAGUUCUACGACAAGUUCAACAUCCGAUACGAGAUCUUCCAGGUGAUCAAGUGCAUCUGGCCGAACCCGGUCUACCGUGACAACCUUGCCACAGAAGCACGUGUCAAUCUCGAUUUCUUCGUACAAUUCGUCAACUUGCUGUUGAACGAUGUCACCUUUGUCCUCGACGAGUCGUUCACUGCCUUCACACAGAUCCACGAGAUCUCAAAGGAACUGAAGAGCGACCCCAACAUGGAUCAGGCUAUGCGCCAGGAGAAGGAAGAGAAGCUCACAGCUGCCCAGGGCAAGGCCAAGAGCUACAUGCAGCUAACCAACGAGACCGUGGCCAUGCUCAAGCUCUUCACAGAAGCGCUCGCUGACUCCUUCACCAAGAAGGAGGUUGUGGUUCGACUUGCGCACAUGCUUGACUACAACCUCGAGGCUCUGGUCGGACCUAAGAAGUCAAGCUUGAAGGUCGACAACCCCGAGGAAUAUGGGUGGAACCCACGCCAGAUGCUGGCUGAGCUUACGGACGUGUACCUCAAUCUGCAAGGCAAGCAAUCCUUUAUCGACGCCGUCGCCACAGACGGGCGCUCUUACCGACCAGACUACUGGAUCGAAGCACACAAGAUCAUGGCCAAAUUCUACCUGAAGAAUGACCAGCAACUUAAGCAGUGGGAAGCUAUGGCUCGCGCUAUCAGCGCUGCAAAGGAGGCUGCUGAUAUGGAAGAAGCUGAUCUGGGCGAGUAUCCUGACGAAUACACGGAUCCUCUGAUGGCGACAUUGAUGGAAGACCCUGUCAUCCUGCCUAUCAGCAAGCAGAUCAUCGACAGGAGCACCAUCAAGAGUCAUCUUCUGAGCGAUCCGCACGACCCUUUCAACCGCACACCACUGAAGAUUGAGGAUGUCAUCCCCAAUGAUGCGCUGCGGGAGGAGAUCCUGGCUUGGAAGGCGGACUUGCUGGCGAAGAAGAGGGCCGAGCGUAGCAGUGCGGCGGGUGGGGAUGAGACUAUGGAUACCUGUUAGGUGGACGAAUGCUGGUGUGAUUUACGAUCAUGCAUCGGGGGGGUGUUUUGGCGUUCUGCUUCUGCCAGGCUAUCGGUCACAAUGACCAGGUCUUGAUGAUGCAUAGCUG